AUGCCUGGAGUAUAUUCUGUUGAAGAUUUGUUGAAGUUACGAGCGUCCCCGUUGAUAUGCAGACCGGCAAAUCUACCGCCAAUAGAAGAAUGGAUGGGAGUGCAAGAGACGACGAACAAGAGACCGGCUGCUCGCACAAAACAAGAUGAGCUUUCUUCCGUACAGUCUGAAACAUUUCAGAAACGGCCUACAGUGCUCGACAGCCAACGUCGAACAACUACUGCAGAUCCGGAGCGUAUCGUUCUCGGGCCACCUCGUCGUUCGUUCGCUUCCGCGAAUCUUCGCACCUCAGGGAGAUUGCAGGACGGGUUGGAAGAGACACCGAACAAAGAUCGAACUAGCCUACAAGAGAGAUCGAGGAAUGGGGAGGGUUUAGAUUUUACCUCCAGCGAUCGGAGAAGUACGCAGUCGAACGGCCGCUUCAGCUCCCGACAGGAGAGUGCAGAUCCAGAUCUCGAAAAUCGCCGUGACUACGAUCGGAGGCCGAAGUGGGCAGGAAGAGAUAGGACCGAGCAGGGCGUGGAAGAUGAGCAGGAGGAAUCGGGCCGGCCAGGAUUCCGACGAGAUGCGCAUUCGAGAGCCAAAACAUCCCAGUCAUGGUUCAAAAAGGAUGGCUUGGAGGCUCAAGAUGAACCACGACGUGAUGCUGACAAGGGACAAGAGUGGCGUCGUAGCGAAUGGGGAAGAGAAAGAGACUGGGAUCGAUCGGGCAGGGCCGAAGCUGAGCCGGAAUGGAUGGACUCGGCAGAACCGGAGGAGCCAUUCCAGGUGCGUACCCAGGAGGAUUUCCAACGUUGGAAGGAGAAGAUGAAGGCAGGGGGAGCGACCUCUCAGAGCAAGACAGACUCCGCCCAGAGCGCUGGCGCACCUGAGACUAUUCAGGCCCAGCCGGCAAAGACGGUCUUCUCGCCAGAACCAGACGAUUCGAUGGAUAAGUUCUUUGCUCGAUUCGAGUCCAAAACGGUUGAGCAGAAGCCGGGGCCUGCAAAGCAACACGGUAGGACUCGAUUCGCCUCCUUUUUCAGUCCUCCACCCGAACAAGGCAAGCAAGACGAGGCUCCGCCGCCCAUGCCGGCUGUGGUGAGACCGUCGUCAGCUUCACAACCAGGAUCUGCCACCGACGCUGAUCAAGCGGGUUUCGCCCGUAUCCUCGAAAUGCUGCAGACUCGCAGCAGUAACCCGACACCCCAAGCCCAGGAAACCACCAAGACCCGGACUCCUUUAUAUGCCAGAAGGGCGGACUCCAGAGCCGAAUCUGAAUCUCGCCCGUCUCCUCAAAACCUGCUCUCAAUUCUGGCCGGCCAGAACGGUCCUCAGCGCCAGGAACCUGCAACGGCACAACCACCCGCCAACCAGGAGAGACUGGCGGAGCCGCAGCCGCAGCCGCAAUCUCAACCGCCUGCAGAACCACACACUCAUACGCGACAGCAAUCGAGCAUCAACAAAGAUGAAGUGUUGCUGAACUUGCUGCGGCAAGCAAGUCUUGCCCCGAAGCCUCAGCCGCCUGCUCCCCGUCAGCAAGCGGAAGGCCGAGGUGGUGCAGCCAUGUACGCCAUGAUGUCCGAAUCUAACGUGAGGAUAGGCACAGCCAGAGGUCAAAUACCGUCUCCUGUCCAACUCCAGGAACUCAUGAUGCAGCAACGAAGAGAGGUGGGCCGUGCCACAUUUGAAGAGUCUCCCAUUUCCAUGUACCAGAACGACCCGACUCAACGCGAACAGGUCCCAGGACGACCUGCUAAUGGUAAUCGAUCUGGACUCUCAGAGGAUCCAUUGAUGGCACUUUUGCGUAGCCAGAAUCCACAGCAGCGAUCCAUGCCACCUCCGCAACCGCCUCAAGGUCUUCCUCCUGGUCUUCAGAGACCGCCUGGACUAGAUUCGAUGGUACGACCAAAUCCGAAUUGGCCACCUCAAGAAGCACCGUCGCGGCCUCCUCAACAAGCUCACCGUCAGCCACCGCUUCCGCCUGGCCUGGGAGGCAAUGUCCCUCGCGGCAUGAUGGGCGCACCUCCGCCGAGUCAGCUGCAACAGCUACCUAUCCAGCCGUCCAUGCCACCGCCGGCUCCUCAACCACGACCACAGCAGCAACAGCGCAAGUACACGGGAGAUUUGGGUCCGAUCCCGGCAGGGCCGCCUUCCCUUCCUCCAGGGAUGUAUCCGCCUCCAGGAUUCAUGAACGCUGGACCUCCUCCCGGCUUUCCUGGAUCGAUGGCAAAUCAUCCUGCUGCCCGCUACCAGGGUGAGCCAGGUCCUCCCCUGCCGGGCAUGAACCGCGCUGCGUUCUUGGAUAUGUAUGGCGAUGUCGCCGGCGGGAGGGGUGUCGGGUUGAGAGGGGGGUCCGCGAAUGGAGGUAUGCCGCCUUACAGAUGA